AUGCAUUCUUCACCUGGUCAGAAGCCGGCAGCAGCGAAACUCUGGCUCCGAGGUUGUUGUCCGAACCCCGUCUCCAAACCACCGCCGGAGCACGAAAACGAGCCUCCCUGCCGGAAACUCCAGAGCACUUCCGCCGCCACCUGUCGCCGUGAAUUUGCCGCCUCCACCACUUCCUCCCUCUUCCCGAACACUCACUUCACGACCCACGACUCCAUCCCCACACUCCAAGAAUCGUUCGUCGAGUUCAUCAAAACCUACCCAAAAUACUCCGACACAGCCCCCAUCGACCGAAUACGAGUCCGCGAAUAUUCCCACCUUUCCCUCUCAGACCACGUUUGCCUCGACUACAUCGGAAUCGGCCUCUUCUCCCAAUCCCAAGUCAAAUCCCAAUACGCCUCAAUCAUACCAAACCCGAAACGGGCCUCACAGCCCGAUUACGCGUUGUUCGGCGUGAAUUUCAAGCCCGCGAGUUUAAAGUCACAGCUUCUCGACCUUCACGGACGAGAAGGGUACAACAAGCUCGAGUCAGCGAUCGAGAAACGAAUAACCGACUUUCUGAACCUCUCGCGCGACGAGUACAGCAUGGUUUUCACGGCUAAUAAAUCGGCAGCCUUUCGUCUUGUGGCCGAGUCGUACCCUUUCCAGACGAACCGUAAACUUUUGACCGUUUACGAUCACGACAGCGAGGCUCUGAAUGCAUUGGCGAAUAUUUCGGAAAGGAGAGGGGCCCGCGUGAUGUCGGCCGAGUUCAAAUGGCCGAGGCUGAGAAUAAACUCUGCAGGACUCAGAAAAAUGCUCGUCCGGAAAAAGAACUACAGCAGCAAGAAAGAGAAAAAACGCGGGCUUUUCGUGUUCCCACUUCAGUCGGUUCUGAGUGGGGCCAGCUACUCGUACCAGUGGAUGAAAAAGGCUCGGGAGCACGGCUGGCAUGUCCUGCUUGACGCAUGCUCGUUGGGCCCGAAAGACAUGGACAGCUUCGGGCUUUCGCUCUUCAGGCCUGAUUUCCUCGUCUGCUCGUUCUACAGAGUGUUUGGGGAGAACCCGACUGGAUUCGGAUGCCUCUUUGUGAAAAAAUCAAUAAUCCCGAUUCUUCUCGAAUCAUCAAGCAGAGGAAUCGUGUCCAUUACUCCGCCACCGAGGAAUAUUCUUUUUCUUCCGGAAGAUUCCUCAUCGGGCGCCGACAAGGAAAUCGAGAUAAAUCGAGAGGAUGACGUGGAUAUCGAAUGCCGGUGCUUGGACCAAGUGGACUCGUUGGGGCUGAUGCUUGUUGGCUGUAGGGGAAGGUACUUGAUAAACUGGCUGGUGAGUGCGCUAACGAAGCUUCAGCACACGAACAGGCUCGAGAAUUUCCCGUUGGUGGCGAUUUACGGGCCCAAGGUGAAGUUCGACCGGGGGCCCGCUUUGGCGUUUAAUAUCUACGAUUGGAAAGGGGAGAAAGUCGAGCCGGUUCUUGUGCAGAAGCUGGCGGACAGGAGUAAUAUUUCGGUGGGGUGCGGAGUAUUGAGCCACGUUUGGUUCGGGGAGAAGUCUGAAGAGGCGAAGAAGAGGGUUUUGGAGAGGUGUGGAGAAGGUGAAAGUGAGAAGGGUGGUGUGGGGAUUAAAGCGGUGAGUGUGGCGCUGAGUUUCUUGGCGAAUUUCGAGGAUGUGUACAGGCUGUGGGCUUUCGUGGCCCGGUUUUUGGAUGCGGAUUUUGUGGAGAAGGAGAGGUGGAGGUACGCGGCCCUGAAUGAGAAGACCAUUGAAGUGUGA